GCUGUUUAUUGUUUACAAGAUUUGAAGCCUCUUAUUCAAAAUACGGUUUAUAUUCAAAAAAUAUUUUAUCCCUAAAAAACAUCAAACUCCAAAAUAAGUAUCUUUACGAACCGUUUAAAGAAAGAAUCUCUAUCUACAUGUAUUUAAAGUAAAAUUUUACAGUAGCCUAAAAAUUUAAUAUUAUGAAUGCCAAGAAAGUUAACACAACAAACAUAUGCUGUUACAAGAACUGUCCUACAACCAGAGAAGAUUUUAAAACCGAAAUUCAAAUAAAAUAUUUCCGGAUACCUACAAAUAAAAUAAGGUGUAAAAGAUGGCUUGCUUUGGCUGGUCGAGACGAUUUAUUGAAGCAAUCAGACUUCACCACUAAACCACUGAAGUCCUAUCAAAUCUGCUUCCUCCACUUUAAAGACGACAUGUUUCUACAUUCAAAUAAAGAUGGCCAUCAAAAACUUUGUUUACGACUUACGGCAGAGCCGAUUUUCGACGGGUCUACCAUGUUAAAGAAAUUAGAGCUUCACAAUGGUUUAAACAAUAAAAAGUCAUUGUUAACAAGUUCAAAAGAUUUAACAUGUUCUUGUGUUAUGUGUUACAAUGUUGGCUCCAGAAAGAUUGAGACUAAGAGACGACCUACUGCACAAGCAAAGACUCUUAAAUGUAUUGAAAGUCGCUUCAGCUUUAAAUCGCCAAGUGAGGAUGAAGCAUCAGCUCUAAUCGAACAACUGUUGACUAUUCCAGAAGAGACCUUAAAAUCGAUAGUUACCAGUAUAUGCCUUAAAGUUAAAAUAAAUGUCAUGGAGCUAUAUGAGGAUGAAGAUGAAAUACGACAAAGUCUUAGAGAUAAUCUUAAAGCACUAAAAUCCGAAUAUGAAAUGAUAUUUAAAGAGCGACAAAAGCGAGGCAUUUUAGAUUCUUGCAGAAAAGAAAUUAUUGAGGAUAUAAUGAGCUGUAUACUGUCGGAAGUUAAAAUAGAGCCUAAUAACAGUGACUGUGUCCAGAUUAAAACAGAAUUAGAUCCUAGUUUUGAAGAAGAGAACAAUGAAGAUUUAUCAAUAAAAGUAGAGGAUACUGUAUUAGCAGAAACUUCUACGGAUCCUUUAAUUGAAAGUAUAGCAAAUACCAGUAUUCAUAUCAAAGAAGAGAUUGAAGAAGAAUCAGAAAGUGUACCUAUUUUCAAAAAGCCAAAAAUUGAGAUGCUAUGUACUGAUUAGUCUAUGAUGUAAGGAUCUGUCUCUUUUUGUUUAUGUAAUAUAAUAAUACAAAAGUUUGUGUAGUAAGUACAAGUUCUCCAAAAAAAUUAUAUAAGCAGACUUUUUAUACUUAUUUCCUAAGUCCUAAUUAUAUAUUGUAUUUAAAUUAUGGUUAAGAUAUUGUUUCAAUUGGAUACAAGCUAAUUUUUUAUAAUUAAUAAAGGAGGUUAAACGAG